AUGCUUCCGACGACAGCCGGCGGAGGAGGGACAACCGCAGGCGCCAGCGCGUCUCGAGUUCCAGCUCCUUUCCGGUCCGGCGGAGGCGCUCCCCUGACCGCAGGCGGUCUCCAGAGCGAAGGCCGGGGCUGCCCAGGUAUACAGCGUAGCCGAAGCCGCGAUCGCGAUCGGGAUCGCAAGGCCAGGCGAGAUGCCAAGGAUUCGAGCUCCGAUGAUCGCAAAAGCAAGAAGAGCAACAAGGACAGCAACUUUGACAGGGAGGUGAUUGAUGUCAGACCUGGAAAACAGGAGGAAGCAAAUGGAGAUCAAAAAGAAAAGCUGGCGCGCUCUUCGCGUUUCAGCCCCAUUGAGGCUCACCAGGUCCCUGCGCAGAACCCGUACCCCAAGGGGUCCGCCGAGGCUCUCCGCUUGGACGCUGCUCGGUUGGAGCUGGCAAGGCUGAAGGCGAUGGGAAAGAUGCCGCCACCGCAGCUCUUGAAAGAGAUUGCUGUUGGAGCACAAGCUGCUGCCCUUGCCGGACCCGCCAAAACUCCGGCGGCUGAAAAGCCCAAGCCCAAGAAGUCCGCGCCUGCCCCGUGGAUGGCUGCAAGGGCGGUGUUUGCCAACAAGGACGGCGAAGGUUCCAAAGCAUCUGAACCAGCUACGCCAGUCGGACAAGACAGCAAAGAUGGCAAAGAUGCCAAAGAAGGGAAAGAAGGCAAAGAAAGCAAGGACGGUGCUAAGAAUAUCAAGAAGCUUGACAUUUCGGAGCUGUCCGAGCUGUCCAAGGCCAUCGCAGAGGAUCGAAACAAGCUUCGGCUGUUCGUUGUCAAGGCCAAGGCAGACUUCGAAGAGCGGAAGGAGAAGGCAAAGGCCCUUCACCAAACGGUUCAGAUGGGCGAGACGGAUGAGAACGAGUAUUACUCUGCCUCUGUUGGGGAGGAGAUGGGGCCAAACAAGUGCUACAAGGUUGAGGCUGCCAUCGGCAGAGGAGUCUUCUCAAGCGUCUACCACUGCAAGGGCCUGAAGGAUGGCAAGGACUAUGCCGUCAAGCUAAUCAGGGCGAAUUCCAUGAUGCGCCGCGCUGCAGACAAGGAGGUGGAAAUGUACAAGCGGCUGGAGAAGAACGCCGGGGAAGAUGCUGAGGGCUUCAAGCACGUCAUCAUCCUUUCUGAUCUUCAGACGUUCGAGCACAAUGGCCAUCUGAGUCUGGUCUUUGACCUGCUGAAGUGCGACAUGCGCUUUGCCCUCCAGAAGUAUGGCAUGGGUGGAGGUCUGCCAUUGCCAACGUUGCAACAGUAUGUGAGGCAGAUCCUGCUGGGAUUGCGUGCCCUGCGAACUGCAAAGGUUGUGCAUGCAGAUCUGAAGCCGGACAAUAUCCUCAUGACACUGAACAAGGCGGAGAUCAAAAUCUGCGACUUCGGAAGUGCCAUGGAUGCUUCGGAGCAGGUCAAGACUGCGUACCUGCAGCCGCGCUACUACCGAGCUCCAGAGAUUAUGCUUGGAGUUCCGUAUGACAUGGGCAUUGACAUGUGGAGCGCAGGAACCACCAUCUAUGAGCUGGCCACGGGGAAGAUCUUGUUCACAGGUAAGACGAACAAUCAGAUGAUGAACAAGAUGAUCUCGGUGGUGGGGAAGUUCCCGGAAAGAAUGUGGAAAGUCGGUGAAUUUGCAAGGAAGCACUUCAAUGAGACGGGAGACUUCAUGAGCAAGGACCCUGACUCCAUAACGGGACUUCCAGACGUGGUGCAGCUGUCCAAGCCCACAAGGACGGUUCUCAAUCUGCUACAGGCAGAGCUGAAGCACCCCAAUGCUGGCGUCGAGCGCAAGGACCACGAAAAGUGGGUCGUGCAGCUCGCCGAGUUGGUCAGCAACUGCUGCCGGCUCGACCCGCAAGAGAGAAUGAAGCCUGGCGAGGCCGUGGAGCUGCAGUUCUUCAAGCCAUCAAGAGACAGCUAA